CUGUAGAAUAUGUGAAUGAAAAUUACUUUGUUUUCAGCUACGAAGAUAAAGGCAGAAUUGAAUUUAACAGUGGAAGAAUUACAUGAAUCAUUAGCUAAGAAAGACCGAGAAAUAAUGUCACUUGAAGCAGAGAUCAAAGACCUGAAGGAUAGAGCUGCUGUCAAUGUAGAUAUCUUCCAAAAGAAAUUGGCUGAUCAAGAGAGAAAAUAUCAGGCAGAACUGGAGACGUGGAAGGCUGCAGAACUCAAUCGGUCGAUGUACCAAGAGGUACAGAGCAGUGGAGUGUUACAGUAUGAUGCACGCAAUUCCUAUCAGCCCGGAAGAUCUACUUGGGAGCAUCCCUACCAGCACCCAACUACCCCCACCCAAUCCUUCAUAUCCCGAGUGAGAAACGUCCAGCAGAGACCCAUCCAACCCAACAUUGUACAUCCUCUCCAAGCCUAUACAGACUAUCACUCACCUGGGAGAUUUUACUUAGAAAAUCGUAACCCUAACAUUACUGAGGAGAGGGAGGAAGACAAGACUGAAAAGCCAACUAAUAACCCUAACUCUUCUGCAGCUGGACAGAAGCCAAAAAUAUUGGUUCCUUCUAAAAGAAAGAAACUAUUUCACCCUUCCAUGAAUAUUCUUUGAGAACAAACCAAAUAUUCAGUUCUUGUAAAAUGCAUUUUGUACCAAAUUUUUUCAAAUAAUGUUGAUUUAGACUGUUAAAUAGGAAACUCUUAUUUAUUAAUUUAAUUGUAUCUAAUUGUAAAUCUAAAAAAAAACAGUGUAGUUAUAACAAUGUGUUAAAGUGUAAGGCAGCUAAUUUAGAUUUUGUAAAUAAAAAUGUAAUAUUUCUUAACCACCCAAUACUAAAGUCUACAUAAAACUUGCUACAUACAUUUUA